UAGAUGAGGUAGGGAUUGAUCAUUGGAAUGAAUUUGAGGAUAGUUAUGCCUUUGUGUAUUCAAAGCCUGAGAAGAGCUCCAAAAAAGUGUUGGUGAAGUGCCUUGCAAUGAACAAUAAGCUGCUUAUAGAUACACUUAGGGAUGGCGAUAACGAGCCUCUUCAUCUUGAGCUAAGCGUCGAGGACUACAUUGUCGAAGAAGGGGGAACGAAUUACAAUGCCCAGUUCAAAAAUUUGGGUAAGCUGGUAGGUGAACUAAACAAAGAAGUCCUUAGUAAAUAUAGUGGUUCUUCUGUGGCGAAUUCCUCUACUCAGACUUCAAGCUCUGGAAAAGGAGGACUCGAAGACCAGCCUAGUGCUGAGCGCAGAUCUGAUUACCCAUAUCAGCCUGGAAGUUCUUUUCCCUUAGGGUAAUGUCAAAGAAAAGAGAUUU